AUCGGGAGCAAGGUCUACCAUGCGGUCUUGGACACGGCCCACGCGGUGGUCGGGGCGGUGCAAUGGGUGUUUGACAAGGUCAAGACCGGCAUCCAGAAGUUGAUCCAGUUCGUGGAGAUGCUGUUCCAGUGGGAUGAUAUCCGCCGGUGCAAGGAUGUCAUGCACAACACCAUCAAGCUCUACCUGCAGAACGAGGUCGAGUACAUCCGCACGGCCCGAGAUUUCCUGGAUCGGGAGAUCGGGAAGGCCCAGCAGAGUCUGAAUCAGUGGAGUGGGAUCACCGACUGGUCGGGUCUGGGGGAUGCAUCGAGUAAGGCCGUCGCGGCCAGUGCCUCCAAUCCUCACAAGGAUCAGACCUCCGCCUCGAAAUUCCUCGCCAAUCACUAUCAGAACAACGCGAGCCAGAUGACCGUGGUCGGGGACCACCCGACCAUGGACGCCGUCGAGCAGUUACUCACGGACCUGAUCCAGGCCAUCGCCCGGGAAGGACACGUGCUGGAGGGGGUGUACAAGGAACUCGUGCAGCUGGCCCACGACUUCAGCAGCUUGAGCGUGGAGGCCAUCCUGCGCCGGGUGGUUGGCAUCCUGGCCGACGGGGUCUUGUCCAGCGUGCAGGUGGUGGUUGACGCGGUGCUGAAUCUCCUGUACGAUGUGGCCGAGGUCGCCAUCGCCCUGGUCGACACCAAGAUCCACAUCCCGGUGAUCCCGGACAUCUCCCUGCUCGACCUGCUAUGCUGGAUCGCCGCCGUCUCCUUCACCGUCAUCUACAAGGUGGCGUACCAACACGCGCCGUUCCCAGCCCACGACCCGGCCGUCCAGACCAUCCUGUCCGCCAGCCACUGGGAAACCGUCGCAGAGGACUUCAAGCGAUCCGAACACUCGCUCAAGCGGCCCACCUUCCAGGGCUUCCACGGGACGAGCGGGCUGAUGGCCCUGAUUGGGAACCCGCUGAAUGAGAUCGACGCCAUGUCCGAGGCCGGCAGCGGCGGCUUCCUCUCCAAGGCGACCUCCGUCUUCAAGGUGGUGGUCAGCGUGUCGCAGACGGUGGCGGACCAGCUCGUGCCCCAGGACCCGCUGCAGGACGGGUCCAUCAAGACGAUCUCCCACGUCACCUCGGCGCUGGGCCUGCUCUGCUCGCUGUACUUCUCGGGGCUGGGCCAGAAGGCCGUCGGCAAGAUCGGGGUGGGCUCGAUGAGCGCCAAGAGCACGCGCGGCGUCGGCGCCCUCGUCGGCGUCAUGCUGAUCCCCUUCAAGCUCGUCACCUCCGGAUUACAUUUCUACGAGCUCAGUCAGGAUGGCGCGGGGGAUAUGCGCUCCGCGGCGAUCAUCGGGGAGGUGUCCAACCUCACCUCCUAUGCUUCGCGGAUCGCCUACGCGGUGGUGGUGAAUGACGAGGACCCGGAGACCCGCGCGGUCGCGGUCACAGUCAAGGCGUUCUGCGAUCAGGCCUAUGCCGGGCUGCAGGUUGCGGAGACGGCGGUUGGAUAUCUAUGA